UCCAUCUCCUACCCUCGUCGACAUCCAUUCUUGCAAUCUCUACAUUGCUCACGACUGGCAUGGGCCAUUAAUUCGCUCAAGCCGGCCCCCAUCCCUCAGCCUGUUUACGAUUUUCAGGCUGCAACUCGGGUCUCGGAUCCACAAACUCGCCCCUCGUCCCGCCGGCUUGUGAACAACCCAACCUAGCUUGUUUCGCGUCCCACAUCCCCGCUUGCCCGGCCCUGCACCGCGGUGCAGAGGCUCCUAGAAGCAAUCAUGUCGAACGGUGUCGCGACCCCAGGCGCUCUGAGCGCCGUUCCCAACGGGGACAGCAAGGCGUCAACGUCCACAGUGACGGUCAACCAGAAUGGCAAGCGCGAAUUGUCACCAGAUAGAAGUGGGCCACCGCAAAAGUCGGCCAAGGCGUCGCACGGCAGUGAUGCCAAGGGGUCUUCCUCGGAUGCCAAGUCGGGGGCAGCGUUGGCGACUAUGGGCCGUGGACAAGGCAUCGAUCUGCGUGCCGAAGAGGAGGCGGCGCGCCGUGCAUUCUCGCGGUCUGCCGUGGGCAACCUCCAGUAUGCUGGUGAAAACAGUCGAGCGCGACAGACCGAUCUGUUCGGGGAGCAGGCGCUUCGUGCUCGUCUGAGUCAACUCGCCCAGCGACACGGCAUGGUUGUCGACGACGAAGCCAUGCGGUACCUGGCCAUGGCUGCCGAGAUGCGUGUGCGGGCUCUCCUGUCGUCCGCCGUGAGGACGCAGCAGCAUCGCGUACAUUCGACGCAUCAGAGAAAACCACCAAUGUCCAAGGGCUCGGGGUCGAAGGCUGGCAAGCCGCUGUGGAGCCAAAAGGCAACGUCCGACACGAACGCGGUCAUGGUUGCGCUUGCUACUGCCAACAAGGAAGAGAACAAGGCGCACCGUGUGGCUAGAACAGAACGGAAUGCGCGCGAAACCGAGAUAGCACGCGCUCAAGCGGCGGCGAAGGAGAGGGAGCGGGAGAGAGAAGGAUCAUCUGUGCCUCAAGACACCGAGGCCGGUGCAGCGUCGAGUGCCGCCAUUAGCGACAGCGAGGAGGCCCCUCCAUCUGGCGGCGCAUCGGCGACUGGCGCUGCCAGUGCCUCAGCUGCUGCCAGCUCGUCGACUCCCGGCCCGACGUUCCAGGCUACCCCGACGUUUGGUGCGCCUCCACCCAAGAAAUCAAAAGGUGGCAAGAAGGGCGCGGCCAAGGACGUCUCGUCGGAGGUGCAGGCCAAGAUCACGAACGCGACGGCCUUCAUGGCAGUUGGACGAAAGCGAAAAUACGCGUGGGAGCUGGGUGCUGGGGCAGGAGCGUUCAAGCCGCCGGUGCCUAGCUUGUUGUCUGGCAAGCGCAAGAAGGGUGCCGACGACGCAGAUAGCCCCGGUCCGUCCGGGGCUGAGGCGCCGGCGUCUGCCGCUGCCCCAGCUGCCGAGGCCAGUGCCGCAGUGGUCAAGCCGAAGAAGGCAAAACGCACGCUGAGCGGGCCGCACAGGCGGCAAGUCGACGUUCACCACCCGGGCGACAAGCGCGCGCGCGACGACACGGCGCUUACGGUCGCCGACUUUGUGUUUGCGCUCGACCACGAGGGGUCGGGCCGGGGCAUGGGUACGGCUGACGAGCUGGUGCGGAGGAUGCGCGCGCGGCCUCAGCCUGCUGCUCAGUGUGGACGAUGGUAGUAGAGUAGAAGCGAUAGCGAUAGGGCCGGCCAGGGGGGGCAGAGGGCCGUCAUGAGAGUCAUGCACAACAUCAAACGA